AUGUAUCAUGGGGAUAUAUCCUGCAUCGCAGAUUUAAACCCUUUCAUUGAAUUAUUUCGAACGGCGAAAUACUUGCAAUUUGAAACGGUCACUUUCAAUUAUUCAAGUAGUACCAUCAUCUUUAAUUAUCAAUGGGAUCCGAGGGAUCAUGAUCUGAAUUUAAAUCAUUUGAUUGAGAUAUCGAAAUAUCAUUAUCAAAGUUUUUUACCUUUUAUUUAUAAAAUUGAUAAGUGGAGACGUCGUUCUUUGGAAAGUUUAACGACCUCCUCCAUAUUAUCCCACUUUAAAUAUUAUUUACCUGGGUUUAAAUAUCUCUACGAUUUUCAUUGGAUUACUGAUUCCUUGAAUCUCUCCUUAACUUUCCCUCCCACUUGUCCUUCCGAGCGAGAACCUGGUAUUUUGUUUUUGACUUCGGAUGUUGGUGUGUCCGUCGUUGUGGUUAUUAAAAGAUAUCAUGAGGAUUUGAUGUACGAGUCUUCGUACGAUUUGGCCAAUGAUCGUGAUGAUUAUGUUGAUUUGGUGAAAAAGUACAAGAAAUAUGCUGCGGAAAAACAUGCGAAUAAAUUAUUAACCGUCAUUGGAGCCACUUACAUCGAAGAUCCGAACUGCCUUUAUCCUUUUAAAUUUGUGGACGAGAUCGAUUCUUCGAUUGCAAGAUCUGUUCAAUUAUCUUCCGGGUCUAUAUCCACAUCAUCACCGCUGAACAUAUAUCAAGCUCCACGGCAAGAAACCGCAAAGUCGCAUGAUCCAAAUACGACGAUAUAUGGUCAUUCAUGGGCUCAGCCAUCCGAACCGGCUCAAAAAGUUCAAACAUUGAAAAUGCCAAUGAAUCCUGGGAAAAGUGCGCCAGUCGUUGGAGCGGAUUGGGUAUACGAUAAUACAUGUGAAAACAAUAAUCUUGAUGAAUAUAAUUAUUUGAAUAUCUCAAGUUACAAUCAUUAUCAAUCUUAUUACGAUUACACUUAUUACUAUUGA